GUGGUGCAGUGCCGGUCUGUUAGGGACGUUUGCCUUUGCUGGGCACAGAUGCAUUUCUUGUUUGGGUUGCGGUAGCAUCAAACGCUCCCCAGCGAGGAGCACAGCCCGCUAGGCGCGGCGUGUGAGCGUGUGUCAAACAGAUCGUCCCUGUCCCGAGCAAAUACGCUGGGAACGGUUGCCGGAGGUCUCGGCCCCCCUCCGAUUUGGGGCGUGAAGACCCCCGCGAAGCGGAUGGCGCAGCCGUCGGAGAGCCCGGGGAGGCUGGAGCAGGCAGCGAGGGCUGCGCCGGCGCUUCCACCCGCGCCGGGGCCAUGUUCACCUUGAAGCGGGCUUGCCCACGGAGCUGCGUCCGCUGCUCGCUCGCGGUGUCUCCUCCUUUGCUGAGGCGAACGGCUCGGGGCAUGGCUGCCUGCAGGCUGAAAUUCGGUGGCGGAGAGCUUUGUUUCCCGAAGGACUUGAUGCACGGGGUUUGGCUCUCGCGGGUUCGGUCUUGCCUGUCUCAAAGGGGUUUGCUAGCGCUGCUGUGAGCGGUCUGCGCCGGUCGGUUUUCCUCUGCAGGAGAGGUUCAGCACAAUGAGUUGGCAUCCCAGGCUUUAGCCGCGUGAAGAGACCAGGACGGGUGCUGCUCUGCUCACACCUUACCCCCUCGCUCUUUCCCCGUGGGGGGACCGGUGCUGGCUUGCCUGCCCUGGCUGUCCGCCCCUUCCCCCCGUUCGCUGCAGAGGGGACGGGCCCGUUAUGGCAGGGGACAGACUCCCACGCAAGGUGAUGGAUCCUAAGAAGCUGGCCAGCCUGCUGAGGAACGGGGCAGAGGGCACCCUGGUCAUCGACAGCCGCUCCUUCGUGGAGUACAACUCCUGGCACGUCCUCAGCUCCGUCAACAUCUGCUGCUCCAAGCUUGUCAAGAGGCGACUCCAGCAAGACAAGGUCUCCAUUACAGAGCUCAUCCAGCCAGCCUCCAAGAUGAAGGUGGAGGCGGAAGAGCACCAGGACGUGGUGGUCUACGACCAGAGCACACGGGACGUGAACGGCUUGGCUGCCGACAGCUUCCUCUCCAUCCUCCUGGGCAAGCUGGACAGCUGCUUCCACAGCGUCUCCAUCCUCACAGGAGGCUUCGCCACCUUCUCGUCCUGCUUCCCAGGGCUCUGCGAGGGGAAGCCGGCCGCCAUCCUGCCGAUGAGCAUCUCCCAGCCGUGCUUGCCCGUGGCCAAUGUCGGCCCCACGCGCAUCCUGCCGCAUCUCUACCUGGGCUCCCAGAAAGACGUCUUAAACAAGGACCUGAUGACACAGAAUGGGAUAAGCUAUGUCCUCAAUGCCAGCAACUCCUGUCCCAAGCCGGACUUCAUCUGUGAUAGCCACUUCAUGCGCAUUCCUGUCAAUGACAACUACUGUGAGAAGCUGCUUCCCUGGCUGGACAAGUCCAUUGAGUUCAUUGACAAGGCCAAGGUGUCCAGCUGCCAGGUGAUUGUGCACUGCUUGGCAGGGAUCUCCCGAUCGGCCACCAUCGCCAUCGCCUACAUCAUGAAGACCAUGGGUAUGUCGUCAGAUGAUGCCUACAGGUUUGUUAAAGACCGGCGCCCAUCUAUCUCACCCAACUUCAACUUCCUGGGCCAGCUCCUGGAGUAUGAGAGGAGCCUGAAGCUCCUCAAGGCUUUGAAAGCCCAGGGCGAUCGGAGUGAGGGGGAUGCGCAGCAGGACCCGGCUGAGGUGCCCGAGAGCAGCAGGCACUCCACACCACCUACCUCAGAGAAGGCCGAGGAGACAUCGAAAAGCACAAGCUCAGCGCCCUCCCACAGUGACCCCGAGAGACAGGCGGGAGCUCCUAAAAUCCUGUCGCCCACAGCACUGCAGCAAGGACUCAACGGCUUGCACCUGUCCUCAGAGCGCAUUCAAGACACCAACCGGUUGAAACGCUCCUUCUCCCUGGACAUCAAGUCGGCCUACUCCCCGGGCCUGAGGCAGGACGUCCCGGGCCCCGCCGACACGGGGGAAGCCCCGAAGCUCUGCAAGCUGGACAGCCCGUCCGGACCCAACGGCGUGUGCCAGUUCUCCCCGGUGCCGGACAGUCCGGACUGGCCGAGCGGGCCGGACCUCCUCCUGGAGGCCAAGGUGAGGCAAAGGCGGAAGCACAGGCACCAGGCAGGCUCCCCCGCCCACGGGCUCAGCCUCAACUUCAACGGGGUGUGCGCCGCGCACAAGGGCACCGGCGCGGAGGACAGUCUCAAGCAGACGCUGCGGCUCAGCCUGCCCGGCGUGGGGCAGCAGCCCGUGCAGCCGGCGACCACGCCGACCGGCACCGGCGUCGGCCCGUGGGGGGUCCACCUGGAGUCCCCGAGCACCCCCUCCUCGGAGGGCGCCUGGUACUUUGGCACAGACUCGGCCGUGAGCGGCGGCGGCGGCGGCGGCGGUGGCGGCGGGGGGGCCCUGUUUGCCGGCGCCGCCUCCUACCCCUCGUUCGGCUGCGGCGCGGUGCCGGGCGGCUGCGAGAUCAGACUGAGAGACAAGCAGCGGGCCGAGCCGCGGGACGGGCGUCACAGCUGGCACGAGGACGCCAGCGCCGAGAAGCAGUUCAAGAGGAGGAGCUGCCAGAUGGAGUUCGAGGAGACCAUGUCAGAGGGCAGGUCCCGGGAAGACCUGGGCAAAAUAGGCAAACAGUCUAGCUUUUCGGGCAGCAUGGAAAUCAUCGAGGUGUCCUGACAUCCAUCCCGGGCACUCGGAGAGCAAGGGUGGGGGGAUAUUUAAACUGGGGAGAGACGGGGGCGGGGGGGGGGAGUAUUUAUACCCGUGCGUGCGUUUUCGGGAGCACGCACGCCAAAACGAAAAGCAGAGAUGAACGAAUCCAAAGUCAGGAAACAUAACGGUGAAUGCUUAGUGUCCCUCCCGCUCCCAACCCCUUUCCGUCCCUCUCCCGUGUCCCCCCGCGGCUCGCCGGGGCGGUGGGAGAGCCGCCCCCGACCGCCGGGGAGCCGCGGCACGCGGGGCUCUGCAGCCGAAAUCUCCGUGUAAAAUCCAAGCGGGAGGAGGCAGAAAUUACUUUCGCUGCCGACGGGCAGCCGCGGGAGGUCUCCCGGCCCGCGGGACGCGCUCGGCACGCGCGGGUGCUGCCGCGCGGGGACGGAGCCGCGGGAAAACCCCGUGCGCCCCUUCCCCUUCCUCCUGCCCCAGCGCACUAAGCAUGCUCCCCCCUGUUUCUCUGGCUACGUAUCCUAAAAAUGCUGCACUGGAGCAGCCCUAUACAUAUAUAAAUAUAUAUUAUAUAUAAUAUAAAAAAAAAACACACACACAAAGAAAAAGGUAAAUGGUUUUACUGCGAUUUUUAUUGAGACGUAAAUAAUAUUUCGAUUUUUUUGUUUUGUUUUUAAUUUAUUGAAGCUGUUCAUUCUGGCAAUGAUUUGCAGACAAUGUGGGGCGGUACUUUCAGCUCUAUUUUUACUGUGUAUGGUAUUUAAAUCUGAAAUACGAGUUUCUAAGCAAUAUCUGAGGCCUGUGGCUCCUUCUAUAGCUUAUGUCGACGACAAAGGUUUUUUCCCCCCCGUUCCCUCCGGGCACAGCAAAAAGGGGACAGAAAACGCUUCUGUGCACUUUUUCUAGAAACAAACAAGCAAACAAACCAUAAAAUCUUCUUACGACACAAACUGAGCCAGAAAACUCUCUUCUGGAAGCUGCUGCCGCUUCUUUUACCUCUUUCGGUCCCUGUUUGCUGCUCCCCGUCCCAGCCGCAGACCCCUUCCCUCCCCCGGCGCGGCGUGAAGGGCUGGCCUUCCUCCGUGCAGGAGGGAGAGGAGGCAGGGACCUAAAGCGGAGGGAAGGAUGCUCGUGUCCCCCUGGAAGAGUGAGGGACGAAGCGGGCAGGGAGCACAGAGCGGUCCCGGCGCCGGCAGGGCCACGGUACCCGGUUUGCCGAGGCCCCGGGCUGGUUUGCAAGCUCCUAGCUCAGGGUCCUGCCGUCUGCGCGUCUGCGUCCUGCGUCGUCCCGGGAGCCCUUUUCUUUCUCUGGAUCCGCACGGUUUUUCCCUCUCCUUUUUUUCCUACUCUCAUUGUUCGUUUCUAUCUUUGAAAUCAGACUACAUGUGAUAAAAUAAAUGAUCUCAGGUUUAAAACUUAACGCGAACCAGGGGCGUGAGGAGCUGCAAUAAUACAGUAACGGUCCAGUCGCUGCAGAUGGGUGUUUCCCUCAUCGCCUCCGUCCCUCGCUUUGCGCCUGUCCCAAGUCCCGCAAGCCUCCCUGGAGGCUUAUUGCUGGCUUUAAGCUGGUUUUGGUUUUUCUGCUUUCCAGUGGGGCAGUUCGGCGAGAUGCUGGGAGGCCCCACGUGCUCCCUCCGGUACCCCAAGGUGCGCUCAGGAUGGCGGAGGAUGGAGGGAGGUGGCUGAGUCCCUGCAUCCAGCAGCCCCCCUUGCUUUUUUUGCGGAGAAGGGGAGAUUUGGCAUUCGUUCCUCUUCCCCAAAGCACGCCGUCACCCGUUGUUUCCUCCAGCCUCAAACCAGCUCGGUGUUGCCAACCAGGCGGUCGGGUAGCGGUUUGGGUAGCGUGGGGUGGGCGACGCGGAGCAGCUGGUGGGCACCCAGCCGCCCCACGGCCUGGGAGGCUGAUGGUGCACGACGGCUUCGCCAGGGCCCCUCAGCCCUUCCCUGCUCCGUUUUUAGCCACUCGCCCCCGCUAGUUGCUGGCUCCCCUUCAGCUUCCUCCCCUCUCGACCACCUGCAGCCCCCCUGCCCUUUCUCCCCAUCAUUCGUGCUGUAUCUUCACUGAAACGUGAACAUUUUCUCCCUGCUGGCCGCAAAAGGCCGACUACCUUAUUUUCUUAGCCCCCCUUUUAUAUUUCGGCCAACGUUGUUGUUGUUCCUCCCAGUCUCCCCACGGGGGGCCAGUCCGUACGUGGCUGAGCCCCCCCGCGGCACGAGAGCCCCCGGGCGGGCUGCGGGACGGGGCCAGCAGCCCCAGGGACGCCGCUUCUCCCGACCAUCCCUUACCAAGCACGCGCGUUUCUGCCGGGGGUCGUCCCUGGCGGACCGCUGCUCCGCGUCGCGCGGGCGCAGCCCGUCCUCCAGGGCUGGUGUCAGCGUAGACCAGCUAAGUCCCGCUCACACAGACGCCCGGCAGGAACAGUGUGGGUGUAGAGGUGGGCAGUGGAGGGGGGAGCUAGGUGACUUCUUGAGGUCCUCUGCUAAAAACAGGGCAGCAGAAGGGUGCAGCCGGGCGGGAGACGGCGCAGAGGUGACCCUCCUUUCUCCUCAGAAACCAAUGCAGAGAGCAACCUUUUAAGACUCGUAGACCGUAACUUGCCAAGAGACAUUGAGGACCCACCGCUGCAACCUAGUUUUGAUGUGCUUCCCAUGCGUCCUUCCCCUUUACGUUGGGCCUGUGCGCUAGAAGCCCUCUCCUGUGGAAUAUUUUAAAGCCACAUCUAUAAAAUACCCCAUGAAGGGACCUCCCUGCCUGAGCGUCUGCCGCCACUACUGACCCAAAGCCAUCAGGGUCAUUGAGGGCCUCGCAGUGACCUUUAAUGAUUUUUUUUAAUCGAGCUCUGCCUAGCAGACCACACCGGGGUAUCAGAGACCCGUGAGCUAUCGUGAGGAUGGGUCUGCUGGCUGGCUGCUGCCCAUCGUCUGCCAGCCAAGCUCUUCUAGGGGCCCUCUCAGCCUGGCAGCCCGAUCCAAAGCUUCACUGCAACCAAAAUUGUCUUUCUACGUGGAGCUGAUGAGGCAGCACCUACUGGUAGGGUCCCGUGGUGGCGUACGUGAGAACAGGGCAGAGUCAGUGUCCCUCCGGCCUGGGCAAUCCUGACCACCCACCGCGGCGGCUGCGUGCCCGCGGUCGGGGACAGGGCUUUCCACCCCGAUGGACCAAAUCAGAGCGCUUGGACGGCCUUCCCUUAGGCUGGAAACGACGUCCCUCCCCGCGGCUCCCUCGCCACCCGCCUCGCGGCCGGCUGGGCGACGCGGGGAGGAAGAGCACGGCGUGGCCGCGGUCGGGUCGGCGAUGCUGGGCGAGGGGCUCGAGUCAGGCAGCCCCUGUCCCCGGCCCCGGCGCUCCCCUCGCUCGUGCCGCGUUCCCGGCCCUUCUCCCCCUCGCGCUUUGUCUCUGUUUCGUUGGACAUUCAUCCCUCUCGCGUCUGCCCCUUAGAAGAUUAUGCCCAAAAGAAACCCUCCCCCCCGUCCUGUUUCCGCUACCAUUCUUAAUACUAAUGAUAAUAAGCUAUCAGUGUUGUCAUUGCAAUCUAUGAAUGAUAGAUUUGAGUAUUUAUAAUUAUUAUUAUUAUGAUUAUUAUGGUUAUGAUUAUGUACUUUUUGCUUCUUACUCUUUGUAUGUUGCUCUUUGUUUCUCUGUCGUGAAUAAAUGCAAGGCCCCGUCGCACCUUCUCUCUGCUCGCCGCUGCCCGCCUGGGGCUGGCUGGCCCGGGCUGCCUUAGGCACCGCUCGCGAGCGGGCCCGGGCCGGAGGAGGCACACGCAGGGCUGGCAAGCGCUUGGCCCAGGAGCUGGAGGGUGGUGCUCCCUGAGGAUGCAAGGCUCCCAAACCCCGGGAAGACGCAGUCUCUUGAGUCCUGCCUUCCUUUGCGGUGAAUCCCCCCCCCCCCCCUCAGCUGGAGUCCAUCCGUGUUUGCAAAGGGCAAGAACGCACUCGCACCAAGACUGGUGAAUUAAAUGGCGAAAGCUUGAAGCUGGAAGUAUCAGCUCUAAGGAGCGUGGGCCAGGCAUCCAGCUCAUGGGGUCGGCUCCCUCCAGGUCACGGUCCUCUCACCUUCUUCUACUGGCUGCACCUAGAAAGCGCCUCUUCCCCCCAAGUGGCUUCGUGAUCUGCUCGCGCCGGCUCUGGCCCCGCUUAGUCUAGUUUUGGCAAGACCCCUUGGGUCUUCCCGGCUCGCCUGUCCUCCUGACGCCCUCUCUGCCCCAGGACAGCACAUCCUGGGCCAGACCCAGGGCCGGCGUCAGAGCUAACCAGGAGAAAACAUCAGGGAAAGGGGAAAGGACCCCUUUCUGCACCGCAGCGUAAAAUACUCCCUCUGUCACGAGCCAGCCCAGGGAAGACUCAGUUUAAUGGAUGGGGUUUAACACUGCCCUUCCCAAAGCAGCCGAGAAACAGCCCCUUGUCCCUGCCCGGGCUUUGAGCUGUCGCAGGUAGGGUCUUGGUCCUUGCGCUGUGUUGAACUCAUCAUGCCGUUGCUCAGAGCCCCAGCGCGAUCCCGCUCAGGCUUUAUCCUGCACCCAGGAGCCGCUGGCAGCCCUUCCCGCGGCUCCCGGCCAGGCGCCGCUCUUCCUACCUCACGUGCUCGCGGGGCGGCCGGGACGCCCUCCCGGGGCGUCUCGGGGCGGCGGGGCCGUGGCCGUGGCCGUCGGCAGAGCCCGGCACGCGCCGGCGCUGCCGAGCCGGGAGAGCAUCCGGGCACCGCCUGGCCGGACCGCGAGAGACACCCUGCCCCUGCCUCGUCGUUACUUAUUUAUUACCGGAGGCUGUAAGCAGCUGUGCUUUUUUACCCUCUCUUUCUUUUCCUUUCUUUUGUAUUUUGGAACAACGUGUUGUAAUAAAUGCCCAAAUAGAUGUUUUAA